AUGGUGCAAGGAUCAUUGAAAAAGGUCGGUCCCACCGGCCCAGGCAGGAAGCCCGCCAAGACCACAAGACCGGGUGUCCGCUCCGUCGCGCCUAAGAAAGCCGGCCUGAUCAAGCAGAAGAAACUCACCAAGCAACUCACAUCCGGCCUCGUCUCAAUGACAGAACGCAGUCUGGCGACAAAGGCAGGCCAUCUUGAGCUGUUGGCUGGUGGAAAGAAGGAUCGUCUGCAGAAGGAGCGUAAUGCUGCUCGCAAGGAUGGGACUUUGGCUCGCAAGGAUGGAGGUUUGAAGUCUGGUCCUAAGAAGGCGACUUGA